AUGGCAUCUAUAGCGAAACCGAGUCUCGAGGACGGGAGACGUACCAAUGGCUCUCCAAAGUUGAAAGGGCGCGAAAAUGCAAAGGAUACACUCUGCCGCAAUGUGACGAUAUAUGGCAGGUGUCGAUAUGAGGAUAAAGGAUGCGCGUUUAACCAUGAUCCGCAGAAGGUGAAUGCGGCGCAACAUGAAAGUGGUGCCGGCAUCAAGCAGAAACGGCUGAACGUUGAGUCGCCCAGUUUCACUCCAUCGACUACGCCAAACAACGGCACAGCCACGACGACGGCAGCCAUGGCGAAGAAGCCGGCUACUCUUUCUCCAAAGGCUGCCGGUGCGGCGCCCUUUCUUCCCAAGGGUUCACUCUCCCGUGCAAACUCUGGAAUAUCACAGCUACGUCAAGAAACCGGUACUCCCGAAUGGGGUUUGACGGACGUACCUGACUUUGUACCACAGCGGUUUGAUACUGUGGACUCGAUGCAGGCAACAAAUAAUGGUGUCCUUGCUGCUUCAAAUGCAUAUGACCCGUUCGUCUCGACGACAACUCCGCUGGGCACUGCUGGCGCGGUUGUCACCCACCCGCUUCAGCAAAAUCCUUAUGUUCAUGAUCACACCGGUAUCGGUCCCACGUCAUAUUUCACCGCUCAAAAUUCGUUUCAGCAACCAGCCCAAUAUCAUCUCUAUGCGCCGAUUGGACCUCAUAAUCAAAAUAUCCUUGGAUAUCAACGGAAUGUUCACGACCUAUUUAUCCCGAAUGACUUUAGAGAGGAGCUGCAAAAGAAAGCUGCAGCUACACUACAGACCCUUCCUAACUCCCAACUACCUGCUCAAAUCGACCACUUCCACUCACUUGUGCCGCUCGACGUAACGCAUCAGAAGAAUGCUACCAUCUUCGGGUACCCUAGCUGGGUAUAUAAGGCACAGUCAAGCAAGGAUGGCAACUAUUAUGUACUUAGACGGCUGGAAGGCUUCCGAUUAACCAACGAAAAGGCCAUCAGAUGCGUCCAGGCCUGGAAGCGAGUUAUUUCCGCCAGUGUAGUGACGGUACACGAUGCGUUUACCAACCGCAGUUUCCAAGACAGUUCUCUCAUAUUCGUUACGGACUACCACCCCCUGUCCAAAACACUCGCUGAGCAGCAUCUUGAGAGCUCGAACCGGUACCAGAACCGCCACGCGAGCACCCAUGUAACCGAACCGGUGCUUUGGGGCUACGUGACACAAAUUGCUUCCGCCCUCAAAUCUAUCCACAGCGCAGGAUUGGCUGCGCGGGUCAUCGAUCCCAGCAAGAUACUGCUUACUGGCAAAAACCGCGUACGGUUGAAUGCGUGUGCCAUACUGGACGUGGUGCAGCAUGAUACGCAGCGGUCCAUUGCCGACUUACAAAGUAACGACAUGGUCAACUUUGGCCAGUUGAUGCUCACGCUAGGAGCUAGCUCGCUAGCCCACAACCCCACAAAGGCACUAGAACACUUCUCCCGUGCAUACAGCGCACAACUCUACAAUUCGGUCUUCUGGCUUCUAGGCGCGGGCCCGUCUAAGGACCCCCAAAACCAGGCGGCCACAGACCGGACCAUCGACGUUUUCAUCACCGGCAUCUCCUCCCAACUCAUCUCCACAUUUGACUCUUCCCUUCACGUCGACGACGAGCUCACCCACGACCUGAGCCGGGAACUUGAAAAUGCACGCCUUGUGCGACUUCUCACCAAACUCAACUUCAUCACCGAGAGGCCCGAAUAUGACCAUGACCGCCACUGGUCGGAGAACGGGGAGCGUUACUUCCUAAAGCUGUUCAGAGAUUAUGUCUUCCACCAGGUCGACGGACAGAAUGCGCCCGUCGUAGACCUGGGCCACGUGCUUACGUGCCUGAACAAGCUGGAUGCAGGCAGCGAGGAGAAAGUGACGUUGAUCAGCAGGGAUGAGCAGAGCUGUUUUGUAGUUAGCUAUAAAGAGCUGAAGAAGGGAGUUGAGAUGUCGUUCCAGGCAUUGAUGAAACGGCGAUAA